AUGCUGUCCGUGCUCCCUUUGCCUGUACCCCUCAUCCCUUUGCCUGUACCCCUCAUCCCUUUGCCUGUACCCCUCAUCCCUUUGCCUGUACCCCUCAUCCCUUUGCCUGUACCCCUCAUCCCUUUGCCUGUACCCCUCAUCCCUUUGCCUGUACCCCUCAUCCCUUUGCCUGUACCCCUCAUCCCUUUGCCUGUACCCCCCAUCCCUUUGCCUGUACCCCUCAUCCCUUUGCCUGUACCCCUCAUCCCUUUGCCUGUACCCCUCAUCCCUUUGCCUGUACCCCUCAUCCCUUUGCCUGUACCCCCCAUCCCUUUGCCUGUACCCCUCAUCCCUUUGCCUGUACCCCUCAUCCCUUUGCCUGUACCCCUCAUCCCUUUGCCUGUACCCCCCAUCCCUUUACCUGUACCCCUCAUCCCUUUGCCUGUACCCCUCAUCCCUUUGCCUGUACCCCUCAUCCCUUUGCCUGUACCCCUCAUCCCUUUGCCUGUACCCCUCAUCCCUUUGCCUGUACCCCUCAUCCCUUUGCCUGUACCCCUCAUCCCUUUGCCUGUACCCCUCAUCCCUUUGCCUGUACCCCUCAUCCCUUUGCCUGUACCCCUCAUCCCUUUGCCUGUACCCCUCAUCCCUUUGCCUGUACCCCUCAUCCCUUUGCCUGUACCCCUCAUCCCUUUGCCUGUACCCCUCAUCCCUUUGCCUGUACCCCUCAUCCCUUUGCCUGUACCCCUCAUCCCUUUGCCUGUACCCCUCAUCCCUUUGCCUGUACCCCUCAUCCCUUUGCCUGUACCCCUCAUCCCUUUGCCUGUACCCCUCAUCCCUUUGCCUGUACCCCCCAUCCCUUGCUCUUUCACCCGCUGUACCCAUGUGUCCCUGCCACCCAUGUACUACCACCCCAUGUGCCAAACCAUGUACCACCCCAUGUGCCAAACCAUGUACCACCCCAUGUGCCAAACCAUGUACCACCCCAUGUGCCAAACCAUGUACCACCCCAUGUGCCAAACCAUGUACCAACCUAUGUGCCCCCCCAUGCAGCUGCCAGGGGUGGAUCCCAGUGACCCCUCUGUGCGGGACGUGCUCGCCUCUCUCGCCCCCUCCCAGCCCCCCAAGGUCUGCUCGCUUUGCCCUUUGCCCUUUGCCCUUUGCCCUUGCCCUUUGCCCUUGCCCUUUGCCCUUGCCCUUUGCCCUUGCCCUUUGCCCUUGCCCUUUGCCCUUUGCCCUUGCCCUUUGCCCUUGCCCUUUGCCGUUGCCCUUUGCCCUUGCCCUUUGCCCUUUGCCCUUGUCCUUUGCCCUUGCCCUUUGCCGUUGCCCUUUGCCCUUGCCCUUUGCCCUUUGCCCUUGCCCUUUGCCCUUGCCCUUUGCCCUUUGCCCUUGCCCUUUGCCCUUUGCCCUUGCCCUUUGCCCUUUGCCCUUGCCCUUUGCCCUUUGCCCUUUGCUCUUCACCCUGCACCGCUCCCACCCACCGCACUGCUCAGCAGUUGCGUGCAUUUUCCCGGCACGUACGGAGGAGGGGAUGAGUUCGACUUCAUCUGGGAAGCCUGGCGGUUCCAUGAUGGGGUGCAUCGUGAUGGGCAGCAAACCGAACCGCGGGUUCGCAUGGCUGCUCGCUAUCUCCCGUGCGAUCUGGUGGGGUGCACAUGGGGUGCACGUGGGGUGCAGGUGGGGGUGCAGGUGGUGUGCACGCAGGUGGGGGUGCAGAUGGUGUGCACAUGGGGUGCACGUGGGGUGCAGGUGGGGGUGCAGAUGGUGUGCACAUGGGGUGCACGUGGGGUGCACGUGGGGUGCACGUGGGGUGCACGUGGGGUGCACGUGGGGUGCACGUGGGGUGCAGGUGGUGUGCACAUGGGGUGCACGUGGGGUGCACGUGGGUGCACGUGGGGUGCACGUGGGGUGCACGUGGGGUGCACGUGGCGUGCACGUGGGGUGCACAUGGGGUGCACGUGGGGUGCACGUGGGGUGCACGUGGGGUGCACGUGGGGUGCACGUGGGGUGCACGUGGGGUGCACGUGGGGUGCACGUGGGGUGCACGUGGGUGCACGUGGCGUGCACGUGGGGGUGCACGUGGGGUGCACGUGGGGUGCACGUGGGGUGCACGUGGGGUGCACGUGGGGUGCACGUGGGGUGCACGUGGGGUGCACGUGGGGUGCACGUGGGGUGCAUGGAGGGGAAAAGAGAGGAUAA